AUGAGCCUACUGGAUCUCACUAAAAUGUUCUCCAUGCUCCAGCCCAGAGAAGAUGAAGAAGACAACGGAGAAAGUGAGGAGCUGAACCGAGCAGUAUCCAAGGAUGAUUACCAAACCCUCGAUAACCUCUUGUCCCAAGACAGGUACAAGAGGUUCAUCAACUGCCAGAGCGGCUGGGGUAUACCCAGCACCCCCCUGCGCCUGGCCGCCACCUGGGGCUGUCUCAGGAGCAUGAAGGUCCUCUUGGCCCACGGGGCGGAAGUGGACAGCCUGGACGUGAAGGCUCAAACCCCACUCUUCAUGGCGGUCAGCAACGGCCACUGGGAGUGCGUGAAGGUUCUCCUGGAGGCAGGGGCCAAUCCCUCCGGCAGCAUCUACAACAACUGCUCGCCGCUGCUCAUCGCCGCAAGGGAUGGGGACGUGGACAUCCUGCGGCAGCUCCUGGACCACGGUGCAGAAACCAACGUUCAAGCGCGGCUGCCUGAAUGGGCUACCAACUCAGCGACUUGUUCUGGUCCCCUCUACCUCGCUGCCGUGUAUGGGCACCUGGAGUGCUUUAAGAUGCUCUUGCUCUACGGCGCUGAUCCUGACUAUAACUGCACCGAGGAGAGGGUGAUCGCCCAGAUCAAGGAGCCCAAGUCUCUGCUGGAAAUCUGCCUGAGGCACGGCUGCAGGCCUGAGUUCAUCAAGCUGCUCAUUGACUUUGGAGCCAACGUGCACUUGCCCAACGUCGUGGUAGAUGAGAUAGCACCUCGCAGUGAAGGCCUGGAGCUGCUGUUGCAGGCAAGAGCUCAUCCCAAGUCCUUGAUGUCUCAGUCCAGGCUGGCAAUAAGGCGUCUCCUGAAGCAAGCUGGUCACCUGCACCGCCUCAGCGAGCUGGAGAUCCCGACAGUCCUCAUAAACUACCUCCAACACCAUGAGUGA